GCUGCUGUUUAAACCCUGGUUGGAGUUUUAGCUCCUGCAGUGUGAACCUGCACAGCUCCACCGCUCUGCUCCUCAAGCCUCGUGGACUUUGGGCUCUGGGACUGGCGAGGACACGCUCGGCAUGUUGGGAGGAAGAUGGUGGAGAAAAGUUUGGGCCAGACGAAGAGUCUCCACCAUGCUGUCCAAAACCAAUGAUGCCCCCUGUCAAAGGAGAAACUGGAAGAUGGUAGUGUGGGUGCUGGUAUCUCUACUGCCCCUAGUGGUUGGAGACAGACCUGGCUUUAGAGUAGAUUCGGAGGAUCCAGUGGGUUUAGUCAGUGUUAUGCUGGAUGAGCAACCUUUUGAUACCCUACCCCAAGAAGAAGAAGAGAUGGGAGAUGGGGAGAACCAUUUUCCAUGGCAGAGCAUAUUUGAGCCUUCUGUUUUCGUAGAGGAGGAGCGGUUGGCUCGGUGGGAGCGCUCACCCCGUUCCUCGGAGGCUUCAGACGCCCAGUCGAAGGGAUCACGCAAGAAAAAGAAGAAGAAGAAGAAAGAGAAAGGCGAGAAGAAGCAAGGCCAAAGUAGCCGGGACUGCCGGCUGGAGAGGCGGGAGAUGCGGGUGAGGGACUUGGGCAUGGGCCACGACUCGGACGAAAUCAUCCUCUUCAAGUUCUGCGUGGGCUCAUGUCAAAGCUUCCGGGGGAAUUACGACCUGGCGUUACGGGCACUGCUGAACAACGGCAGCCUGCCCAAGAGAACCGCUCGGAAGAUCAGCGCCCAGCCAUGCUGUCGGCCUUCGGGCUACGAGCCAGUCUCUUUUAUGGACGCCUCCACCACCUGGAGGACCAUCGAGAAGGUCUCGGCCUCUGCUUGUGAAUGCGUUGGCUGAUAGACGUGGAGGAAUCGGUCUCUUCUAGAGGCAGCGAGGCACUGAGGCAAAAAUGAGGCAAUGUAGAAGCGAAGGAACCCAAGCCUUCAGAGACACACCAGGUGAAUACCAGGCGAACGCCAGGUUAGGAAGUGGGAUACGUACAGUACCUGUACCUGUGGAAGGAUACACCAUGUCCUUAUAACUCUAACCUAAGUGGACUGGUUGGACUGCGUAGUGGAUAACACUGUUGCCUCACACCUGACGGUCAUGGAUUUGUUCUCCUUCAAUCAGGAACAGAUUAAAGGGGGUUACGCCAACAUCUGGCAGUGGAAAAUAAAUAAAUACCUAAAUACUAAAUACGUAUGUUCUUAAAAGCUAUUGAGUGAUUUAGGAGGGAUAUAUGAGGGAUAUGGUUGAAUCUCUGGAACAUUCGCCAUCGCCAUAGAAUUAAUUACUCAUUUUUUUUGUCCGAUAUUUCUUCUACGGUCGCCGAAGUGGAUUGCGGCACUGAAGACGCAGGAGCUUAGUGGGAUUGCGCCCCAAUCUUGGUCAAAUCUGAGCGAAUUUUAAGUAAAGAUUGUCGAAUAUAAAGAAGAGAUGGAUAGGGGUGUGACGAGAUACUCAUUUUACGAGACAAGAUGAGAUUUUUAAAUAUGUUAAAGAAAACUUUAAAAAUUUAAAAAUGACUUAUUUUCAAUAAUUUUUGAAAAACUCAACAGACUGGUUUCUCUCACAAAUUGAGUCUAUAAAAAAAUAGAAACAAUAUAAGUAGGUGUGUUUUUAGUGUGUUGACCUGUUUUACAUCAUUUUGAAGUGAAUCUGCAGCUGCACAGAUUAAUGUCCAUUGUGAUAAAUGGUGAGAAACAAACAGGAAACUAAAUUAAUAAAAUACUGUAUUUUAAAUCCUAAAAAGGGGUCGCAAAGUAAGAAAGGUAAGAAAGAUCCCAGAGAAGACUUCUCCACAGAAAGCGAUGGCCUGAGGGAAGAGGGGAAAGAGGUUUUUGUGACAAAGCUUUCAACACAAACCAGCACUGUCAGUAACUAUGACGCCAUCGAUGUAGCGUCCACAAUGCAUUUAGUCAUUGUUCACGUUAGUGCUACGAAGAAACUGGAUGCCGUGCAUCUCUUUAGCAUUUACUGUAUGUAUGCGUUAACAGGUUAAAUAUUUAUUUUUGCAACUAAGUUAUUUAUUUAUUCUUGUGUACAAAUGUGUCUUUGAAACUUUUAUAUUUAUUAAUAAUGUGUACAGUAUGUUUAAUGUUUAACGUGCUUCACCUCAGUUACAUUUUUUACGAACAGCAAGGCCUUCAAAGUCAGUUUCAAACCAAUCAAACCAACUAAAGCCCAAUUCUUUUUUUUGUAAUAUUUUAAACUUCUACUCAGUGAUAAAACUCCUGCAUUCAGACUGCAAUUGAAAAAACAGGAGGACCAGUGAGUUUUUAGGCUUUUUACUCGGUCACAUGACAUAGAGUUCAGUAGCUCCUCCAUUUCCACUUGCUGUUGUGUUUUUAACAUGGAUCUCCGUGGAAACGCCCAAGCGCCCAAAGUGUAAUUACGGUGUGCGGCAGUGGACAAAUAGCUAUUUUAUUCAAUGUAAGGAGACAAAACAGUUGAUAAUUUAGCCUGUAAUUUUCUCAGAGGACGUCUGAGAAAACCACAUACAUGGUCGUUCUGGACAAGAAUAAAAUCACAGAGGAGAAAAACCUCCAUAAAAGAGAAAAUUACCCCAGAACCCCCUGAAAAACUAAUCCUGUCCAGAUACGGCUAUAGAUAAGGUUUUUAUCAAAUUUACGAGAUUGAAAUUGGUUUGGGAUUCAGAAUCCAGGUCUUAUUUUUAUAAAAGAAUCAUGAAAAUCAGCAAAAACUGACCAUGAGAGCCUUGCUGUUAUGUACUCUCCACUUAAGAAAAGCUGCUCUUGAGGAAAUACUCAACCAUUCAAAUGUACAACAGUAGUUAUAACAGACGUUUCAUAGGUUUCCACAGUAUUUGCAUCAAAUUAUUAUUAUUAUUAU